AUGGAGAGAUCCGACGGCAAGGAUUUCAACGACUUCACCGACUUCUCCAGCAGCUCGGCUUCUGGUAGUGCGAUGUUUGACGCGUCCCAGUAUGCCUUCUUCGGUAAGGAGGCAAUGGAUGAAGUGGAAUUGGGGGGUUUGGAGGAUGAUGAAGAGUUGAACAAAGUUGUUUCGGGACCAAGACAUCCUGAAGUUAUUGGUGAUCGAGGGCCUGGAUCUUUUUCUAGAGAGAGUUCAUCAGCUACAGAGUGGACGCGGGAUACAGAUUUUCCUGAAUGGUUUGAUCACCAUAUGUCUGACUCAGAAUGCUAUGAAGAAAAUAAGAGAUGGUCAUCACAGCCCCACCUGUCCUCAAUGUUUCUCUCAGAAUCUAAACCAUUAUAUAGAACAUCAUCCUACCCUCAGCAACAGCCGCAGCUGCUUCACGCUUCAAGCGAGCCUAUUUUACCCCCUAAGUCAUCAUUCACUUCUUUCCCUCCACCAGGUUCUCAAAAAACUUCUUUCAAUUUGUCAUCUCUUUCUAGUGGACCUCAAUCGCCAUUCUCUGCACAGAACAACUCUCUGCUCUCUAACUCUACCCUCAAUUGGUCAAGUUUACCUGUAGGGUUCCAAUAUAAUGCUAAUAUAUCUCACAAUAAUCAUUUGCAAAACCACUGGAUUAGCCAUGCCGGUGUUCUUCAUGGGGAUCAUUCCAUUCUCUUAGACAAUAUCCUGCAGCAUCAGCUAUUAUCCCCACAGCAGCCAAGACGACACCUUUCUUUCCAACCAUCUUUAAAGUCUCAAAUGUUUAACAGUGUUCCUUCUUCAUCAGAUUGGUGCAAAUAUAGAUUGACUCAGAAGAGCAAGUCAAAAUCUAAAUCAUCACAGAAAGGUAAACAUUCUUUGGACAAAGUUGUAUCGGGACCAAGACAUCCUGGAGUUAUUGGUGAUCGAGGGAGGGUCUGGAUCUUUUUCUAG